AUGUGUGAUCUUGCUGUCCUCGCGGCGAUGGUGGGGGUGGUGGAAGGAGGGGAAGGGCUCGCGCAGGCCGGUGCUGCUGCCGUUGACGGUGAUGCCGACGCCGACACCGAUGCCGCGGCUGGACUCGCGGUCGAGGUCGCGGUCGCGGUUGUAGUCGCCGCCCAACACGGUGGCGUUGCUGCGGUCGCUGGCGGCGCUGGAGUCGCGCAGGUGGCGGCGCAGGCGGGCGACGUCGCGCGGGCGUAG